GAAAGUGUUGAAACUAUUAACUCCGAGAUUUCCCACAUGCCCUGAAUCCAUCAUCAGUCGCAGACGGUCGAUAAGGGGGGCGGGGUCCCGUGACGUCAGGGCGUUGAAGAAAACAGCAGAGCAGGAAUCAAAACAAGAGACGGACACGCCUUCGUCCUUAAAGGUUAUAGCAGCUUAUAAUUUAUAACUAGUGCUGUAAUCGUUGCAUAAAAGCCUGCCUCUCAUCCACGAGGAAACCAAUAACAACAACAACAACAACCCAAAGAAAAAGCACUGCUAAAAAAAAAAAAAAAAGAAGCACUGCAGAAAUGGAGUCCACAGAAAUGUCCAACAGCGUUGACAGCAGCCGUCGAUAGAGGUCGAAACCAACACUGGCAGCCAAAUCCUGUGCCAUGCCCAACCAGAAGAACAACAAGGGAAAGAAGAGCAAACGCACGAACAGCAGCGGGGAUGAGCAGGAAAAUGGAGUCUGCGCGGCGGCAACAGGAGGCGCGACGGCGGCGGCGCCCAGAGCCGAGCGCUCGAGUGAGGGCCAGUGCGCGACCCCUCUCUGCUGCACCUUGGACCGCCCCGUCGACCUGGAGAAGGACAACUACCAGCGGGUGGUGUGCAACAACGAGCUCUGCCCCCACGGCAACUGGAUGCACCUGCAGUGUUUCUACGAGUGGGAGAGCUCCAUCCUGGUGCAGUUCAACUGCAUCGGGCGCGCGCGCUCCUGGAACGAGAAGCAGUGCCGGCAGAACAUGUGGACCAAGAAGGGCUACGACCUGGCCUUCAGGUUCUGCUCGUGCCGCUGCGGCCAGGGGCACCUGAAGAAGGACACCGACUGGUACCAGGUGAGGCGGGUCCACGACGAGCGCAAGAAGAAGCCAACGGAGAGGAGCAGGAACGGGUCCAGCGGGGGGGGGGCGGCGGCGGCGGCGGCGCCCGCGGGGCCCGCGGGGGACGGGCUUUUUGACGAGCCCAGGAGAAGCAAGCCCCCAGGGGCCGCCGGGGUCGGGGGAGGCAAGCUCCUCCACAGGGCCUCGAGUCAGGACUUGCCUCGGAGACAGUCGGUGGACCGUCAGAACUCUUCGGAGAGGGGAGCCGCGGGGGGGUUCCCGGCGGGAGGGGCCUAUUCUCUGGGGCACCCUCUAAAGUCACCAUGUGGCUCCCCGGGACAGUCCCCGCCCACCGGCUUCCCUUUCUCCCCCGCCGCCGUCUUCGGGGCGGCGGCGGGGCUCCGAGGUUCCCGUCAGCUGGGAGAGUUCUUCCGACCCGCCGUGCACGCGGAGCCGCAGAGGAAACACCCGCAGGCCGGGGGGCCUCCGGCCCGGGGGGGCGGCGGCGGCUGCCCGACGGGGGCCUCCGGCGGCGGAGCGCACCUCGACCCGGGGUCCGUGAUUGCCCUGCCGCUGGCCUUCGCCCUCCCGCUCCACCACCAGCGGCUCGCCCCCGGGGGCCCGGGUGGCGACGGCGCGCGGCCCCACCCGGUGCAGUUCCUGAGGAGGCUGGACCUCUCGGAGCUGCUCGCCCACGUCCCCCGCCACAAACUCAACACGUACCACGUCCGCAUGGAGGACGAUGCCCAGGUGGGCCAGGGGGAGGAGCUGCGCAGGUUCAUCCUGUCGGCCCUCAGCGCGAGCAACAGGAACGUGCUCAACUGCGCGCUGUGCCACAGGGCGCUGCCCGUGUUUGAGCAGUUCCCUUUGGUGGACGGGACUCUGUUCCUCAGCCCUUCGCGCCACGAGGAGAUCGAGUACGACGUCCCCUGCCACCUUCAAGGCAGGUUGAUGCACCUCUACGCCGUCUGCGUGGACUGCCUCGAAGGCGUCCACAAGAUCGUCUGCAUCAAGUGCAAGUCUCGCUGGGACGGGAGCUGGCACCAGCUGGGCACAAUGUACACCUACGACAUCCUGGCUGCUUCCCCGUGUUGCCAGGCCCGUCUCAACUGUAAGCACUGCGGGAAGCCGGUGGUGGACGUCCGAGUCGGGAUGCAGUAUUUCUCAGAGUACAGCAACGUCCAGCAGUGCCCUCACUGCGGCAACCUGGACUAUCACUUUGUGAAACCUUUCUCCUCCUACAAAGUACUCGAGGCUUAUUGACAAAUGCUGCGCGUGCAGGAUAGUUAAGCUGCUUUUUUUUUAACACAAUCUAGGAAAGAUUUUUAUUUUUCGGGGGGGGGGGCCUUAAGGUGAUUUUAUGUUUUUAAGUUUGAUCUCUUGUGGUUCCUUUUUUAUGUAUAUGGGGGGGGGGGGGG